AUGGGGAAAGAUGGAAGGCGAGCACCAGUGACACUGAAAAGAAAUAAGCGACAGGCUGAUUGGGGAAAUGAGGCUUUUCAGGAUACAAGUCUGAAGUGGGUGGCAUUUCAGGGAACUAUCCCACAAGGAACUGUUUCACUGUGGAACAAUUAUGCCCAGAGGAAAGAGUAUACUUGUGCUAUUGAGGAUUGUCGAGCUGGAUACUACAGUCCAAAUGAGGGUUCAUUCUGUUUCUACCCUUUCGCUGGGAAACAACAUCAAAGUGCCAGGUUCUGGCUUUUGGUGAAUGAAAAUGACCUAGAACUGUUGGAAUGGCAAAGCGGAUAUGCUGGGGGUGUUCCAUCCGAUUCUAUUGGUACUUACUGAGGAGACAGAUUUUACAUCGCAAAAAAUAAAUAUGGGCUAGGGGAGGUUGACCGACAGAAUACAGCUUUCUUUAUAGGAAUAGAUGGUUCAGAGUACUGUUACAAAUCCUAUGAUGUCCUCACCGUUAAUAAUGACUACGUGUCUCAGAAAAUCUACAACGUCAAAUACUUUAAGGAGCGUGGGGAGUAUGUAAAUGAGGCUGUGGCUUUAAAAACCAGUAAAGUCAGAAAUUAUGACUGUAAGGCAAUCAAGAAGAAAGCUUCCUUAUCCAAAGAAAUAGCUCAUGAGCAUCACUGGGAUCUUAGCAACUCUUUGUCAUUUGGUAUGAGCUUUACUCUAACUUCAGGAAUCCCUAGAAUCAUAGGAGGGCGUUGGUCUAUUUCUGUAGAAAAAAACAUCACCCAGAGUGAGGGUUCUUCAGUGUCUGAGAAGGAGGUGCAUACCGUAGAAGUGAAACUGGAGGUCCAACCCAACCACAAGUGUGAAGUGGAAAUGGAAGGUAUUAAAAUGAAAGCAGAGAUUCCCUUCAGCGCCUCGGUGAUUCGCCAGUACAAAACUGGGGUGAAGCAAAGGGCCACUGUGUAAGGAGUCAGCAAAAAUUUGGUUGUGGAAGAAGUCAGUGCCAUUGUAAAACGAUGUCAUCCUGUCCCAGACGCGGAACCCUGUAAUGAAUCUCAUGCCUAG